GCCUGCGCAAUUUGAUUGCAGCUGAUGAUGAAAAGUUAGAAAAGUUCGUAGAAAUAUCGAUGAUUAACACCCAUUUUGCUGCUCUAAAAGGACACAUAUCACGGAUUAACCAUAUGAGAUAAACGUAGCAGGCUUAGAAGGCCUCAUGAACCUCGCAAGCCAAGGCGGUGACCCAAAUUCUUCGUUGUUAUUUGCAAAUUUCAACCAGGAUUGUUCAUCGCUAGCAGUUGGGUCCAAGAGUGGUUACAAGCUAUUCUCAUUGGCUUCGGUAGAGAAGCUAGAUCAGAUCUAUGAAAAUGAUAAUGAAGAUACCUGUAUCGUGGAGAGAUUAUUCUCUAGCAGUCUCGUAGCCAUAGUCAGUCUCUCGUCACCACGGAAACUUAAAGUGUGCCAUUUUAAAAAAGGAACGGAAAUAUGCAACUACAGUUACUCCAAUACGAUUUUGUCAGUCAGGCUAAACAGGCUGCGUUUGAUCGUAUGUCUGGAAGAAAGCUUGUACAUACACAACAUUCGGGACAUGAAGGUGCUUCACACGAUACGUGACACCCCGUCUAACCCCCAGGGCCUGUGUGCCCUAUCAACCAACAAUGACAAUUGCUACAUGGCCUACCCUGGCAGUAACCAAAUAGGGGAGGUGCAGAUAUUUGAUACAGUUAAUCUGAGGGCUGUUACUAUGAUACCUGCCCAUGACAACCCCUUGGCUGCCCUGGCAUUUAGUUCUAGUGGGACUCGGAUAGCAACUGCCUCAGAAAAGGGAACAGUUAUUCGUGUAUUUUCUGUGCCCGAUGGUCAAAAGAUAUUUGAAUUUAGGAGAGGAGUGAAGAGAUGUGUCGAAAUCAGCUCACUUGCAUUUAGUCCAGACAGCACUUUUCUUUGUGCUAGUAGCAACACAGAAACUGUACAUAUAUUCAAACUCGAAUCACCAAAAGAAAGUACUUCCAGGCCUACAGAGGAACCCCAGAGCUGGAUGGGAUAUUUCAACCAAGCGCUAAAAUCUUCCGCAACCUACUUGCCUAGUGGGGUGUCAGAUAUGUUGAGUCAAGGACGAGCAUUUGCGACUUGCCGAUUGCCCUGUUCUGGACUGAAGAAUGUAGCUGCCCUGUCUGUGAUACAGAAAGUUUUACGUCUACUAGUUGCCUCCCAGGAUGGCUAUGUGUACAUAUAUAACAUGGAUCCAGGAGAGGGUGGCGAAUGUACCUUACUUAGGCAACACAGACUAGAUGGUUGCCAAGACAACACUCCAGUGACGGAAGCUUCCUCAAGUUUCCAAGACAAACCACUUACAUCACCAAUAGGGGGAGCUGCAGCUGCAUCAGCUGGGACUACUUUCUCGGCAGCAGUUGGUAAACCAGAACCAUCUAGUAGUCCGGACGAUACGCCCCCAGGUAAGCGGGUUGAAUUGCCGUUGCCCCUCACUCCAUCUUGGGGGGCAGAGAGUUGGGCGAAUGUGACACGUCGUGAAGGAGGCCCUCAGGAGGUACUAGCCUACCCCCAGGGCGAUCAUGCUGACCCCCCUGACUCAGUGGUGCUUGAUAAAGAAUCUCAGUCCUUCCAGGAAAUGACCCCGGGAGCGACUGGUGGGGACAUUGCUGCACUCCGAUUGGAUGACGAUAAUGAAUUUCCACCAAUGACGCACAAGAAUGAGUGAAAAUUAUGGGAUGCAAUAUUAGAGAAAUGACCAACUGAACUUACUGUACGAUAUUGUAACAAGUUGUGAUAUUGUAUGUGUUCAAAACAAAUCAAAUAUUG